UGUGUUAGCUGAUGAAGGGUAAUACAUACCCGAAAACGUUCCAUUAAAAAUAACUUCAUUACUCCGUAUAAAAGUCCUGUGAGUGCAAUUUUUUUGUCUGGCUAUUCUAUAUUUUUGCACCCAGGCAGCGGACAUCGGUGGGUCGACCUACACAUACAGUAACUAGAGAGAGAGAGAAAUAUAGGUGAAACUCGAAAAAUUAGGAUAUCGUGCAAAAGUUCAUUUAUUUCACUAAUGCAACUUAAAAGGUGAAACGAAUAUAUGAGAGAGGCUCAUUACAUGCAAAGCAAGAUAGUUCAAGCCGUGAUUUGUCAAAAUUGUGAUGAUUAUGGCUUAUAGCUCAUGAAAACCCCAAAUCCACAAUCUCAGAAAAUUAGAAUAUUGUGAAAAGGUGAAAUAUUCUAGGCUCAGUGUCCCACUCUAAUCAGCUAAUUAAGCCAUAAAACCUGCAAAGGGUUCCUGAGCCUUUAAAUGGUCUCAGUCUGGUUCAGUAGGAAUCACAAUCAUGGGAAAGACUGCUGACCUGACAGUUGUGCAGAAAACCAUCACUGACACCCUCCAUAAGGAGGGAAAGCCUCAAAAGGUAAUUGCAAAAUAAGUUGGAUGUUCCCAAAGUGCUGUAUCAAAGCACAUUAAUAGAAAGUUAUGUGGAAGGGAAAAGAGUGGAAGAAAAAGGUGCACAAGCAGCAGGGAUGACCGCAGUCUGGAGAGGAUUGUCGGGAAAAGGCCAUUCAAAAGUGUUGGGGACUUUCACAAGGAGUGGACUGAGGCUGGAGUCGUAUUCCUCUUGUCAAGCCACUCCUGAACAACAAACAACGUCAGAAGCAUCUUACCUGGGCUAAAGAAAAACAGACAUGGUCUGUUGCUCAGUGGUCCAAAGUCCUCUUUUCUGAUGAGAGCAAAUUUUGCAUCUCAUUUGGAAACCAAGGAUCCAGAGUAUGGAGGAAGAAUGGAGAGGCACACACUGCAAGAUGCUUGAAGUCCAGUGUGAAGUUUCCACAGUCUUGUGAUUUGGGGAUCCAUGUAUCCAUGUCAUCUGCUGGUGUUGGUCCACUGUGCUUCAUAAAGUCCAGGGUCAACGCAGCCGUCUACCAGGAGAUUUUGGAGCACUUCAUGCUUCCUUCCACAGACGAGCUCUAUGGGGAUGCUGACUUCAUUUCCUAGCAGGACUUGGCACCUGCCCACACUGCCAAAAGCACCAAAACCUGGUUCAAUGACCGUGGGAUUACUGUGCUUGAUUGGCCAGCAAACUCGCCUGACCUGAACAUCAUAGAGAAUCUAUGGGGCAUUGCCAAGAGAAAGAUGAGACAUGAGACUGAACAAUGCAGACGAGCUGAAGGCCGCUAUUGAAGCAUCCUGGUCUUCCAUAACACCUCAGCAGUGCCACAGGCUGAUAUCUUACAUGCCACGCCGCUUUGAGGCAGUAAUUGCUGCAAAAGGGGCCCAAACCAAGUCUCUUGCAUAUUUUCCUUUGGUUUAUUAUUUUACUUAUUUUGUUGCACAGAAGAUUUUAAUUUGCGAUUACCAAGUCAAAGCCAUGGCCGAUAACUUGGUGGAUGCUGGUCCUCCCUCAGCCAAGAAGCCUAAGAUCUCUUCUCCUGCACUUUCUUCCAGUGAUGGCCCAGAUUUUGGGCCACUGUUUGACCUGGAACAAGACCUGCCUGAUGAAUUGAUUACCUCAAAUGAUUUUGGUCUGAGCAAUGGUGGCGAUGUCGGUCAGCUGCAUACAACACUUGGAAUGGUACCCGAUGCAGCUUCCAAGCACAAGCAACUCUCAGAGCUGCUCAGGGGCGGGAGCAGCACAAACAUAGGUGUUGGCCUUGGCCAGCCCACAGCGCAAGGCACCCAGGGCAUUGGCCUUCAUAACAGCAUGGUGAAAAGCCCCAGUAUGGCUAUUGGAGGAAAUGGGUCCACUUCAGGGCCACAGACUCAACAGAUAAACCAGACGUCUGCUACUGGGAUGAUGGCUGGAGUUAACAACCAACCUGGCAUGGGUAUGAAUCAGGGUUUGAUGCCAACUGGGAAUGGGCAAGGCAUGAUGCAGGGGCAGGUGAUGAAUGGUUCACUUACAGCUGGCAGAGGACGUCCUGGCAUGUCAUACCCUAACCCGGGCAUUAGCAACACUGGCAACUUACUGGCUGAAACGCUUCAACAAGGAGGUCCACAGAUGGGUGGCCAGCCAGGGAUGAGAGGACCACAGCCAGCAGGCAUUAACAAGAUGGGGUUAUUAACCAAUCCUAACCCAUAUGGAGCAUCAUAUGGCCAAAGCACUGGGCCUCAACUAGCUGCUGGGUUGGCUUCACAAAUGCAGAACAAGGCAGCUCAUCAGAAUAGUCUGCCUCAGUUUUCCAUGGAGAAGAAACCUAUCCCUGGAGCUGGUAUGCCAAACAUGGUCCAACAACCUUCUCAAGUGCAGCAAUCUGGAAUGGUUCCAGCCGCGCCACAGGGCAUGAACCCUGGAACUCCACAGAACAUUGGCUCUGGGGCUCCAACAGCUGAUCCUGAGAAACGCAAGCUUAUCCAGCAACAACUGGUUUUGCUGUUGCAUGCUCACAAGUGUCAGCGGAGGGAACAGGCUAACGGAGAGGUUCGCCAGUGCAACCUGCCGCAUUGUCGCACCAUGAAGAAUGUGCUGAACCAUAUGACUCACUGCCAAGCGGGCAAGUCUUGCCAAGUUGCUCACUGCGCUUCCUCACGGCAAAUCAUCUCACACUGGAAGAACUGCACUCGUCACGAUUGUCCAGUCUGUCUGCCACUGAAAAACGCUGGUGACAAACGAAACCAGCAGUCAUUGUUAGGUGGUCCUGCAGUGAAUCUAGGAGGUGCCAGUGCAGUUGGAGGUGUGGGCCAGCAGCAGGCUCCUUCUCUGAAUACCACCAGCCAGAUUGACCCAAGCUCUAUAGAGAGGGCCUAUGCAGCCCUUGGCCUUACCUACCAGGGGAACCAAAUGCAGACGCAACCUCAGGCACCAGUGAAAGGCCAGCAACCAGGACAGUCACCCCAAGGCAUGCGGCCCAUGAACACAAUGAAUUCCACUACAAUGGGUGUAAAUGGCGGUGUGAAUGUGCAGAAUUCCAAUCUGCUUCCUGAAUCUAUGCUUCACCCAGGCAUCAACUCGCACAGCCCCAUGAUGAAUGAAAGUGGUAGUGUGUCAAACCUUGGGUCAUUGCCAACAGCAGCACCUCCUUCAAGCACUGGAAUCCGCAAACCUUGGCAUGAGGAUAUAACUCAGGACCUUAGAAACCACCUAGUCCAUAAACUUGUUCAAGCCAUAUUUCCAACGCCUGAUCCAGCAGCUUUGAAAGACAGACGAAUGGAGAACUUGGUAGCUUAUGCACGUAAAGUGGAAGGGGACAUGUAUGAAUCGGCUAAUAGCCGGGCUGAGUAUUAUCACCUUUUGGCUGAGAAGAUUUACAAGAUACAAAAAGAGCUGGAAGAGAAGCGUCGCACUAGAUUACAGAAGCAGCACUUAAUGCCCAAUGCCCCUGGCAUGCCUCCAGCACCAAUGAGCCAGACUCCUGGUGUGACCCAGCCUGGAAUGGCAACUAACGGCCCUAUUCCAGAUCCAAACAUAAUGCGAGCAAAUGUGCCAAACCAGAUGAUGAAUCGCAUGCCUACACAGCCAGGAAUGAAUCAGUUCGGACAGAUGGGCAUGCAGAUGCAGUCAAUGGGACCGAGACCACAGGCUCCACUACAGCACCCUGGGCAAAUGGGACAAACUGGAGCUAUGAGCCAGAUGGGAUUCCCCUCUCGAAUGCAGCAACCGGCCUCUAUGCCUCAAGGUGCGCAGAACCAAUUCUUGCCCUCUAACCAGUUCCAAGCUGCUUCUCCUGUAAUGAACACUGGGAACAUGAGUACUGGAGGCAUGAACUCUGCUGGGAUGUCUGUGCCCCAGCCUGGUGGCCAAAAUACUCCUCCACAGGCCCAGAUGCCAAAUCCUCCUCACCCUGCAAGUUCUCCUGUUAUGGCCCAAGUGCCAGCUGGGAACCCACUUCACUGUCCAAGUCACGUUCAGCCCCCAAUGCACCGUAACUCCCCCUCCCCUGCCCCAAGCCGAACCCCGACACCUCAUCACACCCCUCCUGGACUCCCACAGCAGCCAACCGCUGCACCUGCCCAGGCAAUGAUGUCAAGUGCAGCACCGCUGCAGCACAGAGAGAGCCCCACACCCCCUCCCCAGGCACCUAGCUCUGUGUCAGGACAAACCUCUGUUAUUCCUACACCUGAGCAGCUAAUACCCUCAUCACCACAUAACCUUCCACGGCCACCCUCACAGCCCAGCCUGUCAACACCUGUUGCUACCCCAACUGCCCCUUCAUCGCAGCUACAGCUUCACCCAGCCAGUCCGCUGUCGCAGCCAGCUGCAAGCCUGGAGGGUCCAACUUCCAACCCCCCAUCUGUCAGCAGCACAGAGGCCAGCUCUCAGCAACCAGUAACUGAGCCACCUGUAUUAGAAGUCAAAAUGGAGAUUAAGCAGGAAGAGGAGGAGCCAGAGUUAAUGGAGACUACUGUAGAGGAGAAACCAGAGGUUAUUAAAUCCGAACCGGCACCUGAAGACUGCAAACCUGAGCCAGUGGAUUCGGAAGAGAAAAAGGAAGAAGUCAAAUCUGAAGUGAAAGAGGAAGAUGAGAAGCCGGGCAGCCCUGCCCAGUCAUCUCCCGCUCCUGCAGGGCAGUCUAAAAAGAAGAUCUUUAAACCUGAGGAGCUGCGCCAGGCUCUUAUGCCUACUCUGGAGGCCUUGUACCGACAAGAUCCAGAAUCUCUUCCAUUCCGCCAACCUGUGGACCCACAAUUAUUAGGAAUCCCGAAAAAUGCCUCUGUCCUGCAGGAUUACUUUGAGAUUGUCAAGACUCCAAUGGAUCUCUCUACGAUCAAGCGCAAACUUGACACAGGGCAGUACCAGGAGCCUUGGCAGUAUGUAGAAGACAUCUGGCUAAUGUUCAACAACGCCUGGCUGUAUAACCGUAAGACAUCGCGUGUCUACAAGUACUGCUCCAAGCUGGCUGAGGUGUUUGAGCAGGAGAUUGACCCAGUGAUGCAGAGUCUGGGCUAUUGCUGUGGCAGAAAGCUGGAGUUCUCUCCCCAGACGCUUUGCUGCUACGGGAAGCAGCUGUGCACUAUUCCCCGUGAUGCCACUUACUACAGCUACCAGAACAGGUACCACUUCUGCGAAAAAUGCUUCAAUGAGAUCCAGGGAGAGAGCGUCUCUCUAGGUGACGACCCUACGCAGCCUCAGACAACUAUCAGCAAAGAGCAGUUUUCCAAACGGAAGAAUGACACUUUGGAUCCAGAACAGUUCGUUGAAUGUCUGGAGUGUGGACGGAAGAUGCAUCAAAUUUGUGUGCUCCACAAUGAUACAAUAUGGCCAACAGGCUUUGUUUGUGAUGGUUGCUUGAAAAAGACAGGCAGGACACGGAAAGAGAACAAAUUCUCUGCAAAACGGCUUCCUACUACAAGGCUUGGGACAUUUUUGGAGAACCGUGUCAAUGACUUCCUUCGUCGUCAGAGCAAUCCUGAGGCUGGCGAAGUUUCAGUGCGUGUUGUUCAUGCUUCCGAUAAAACCGUUGAAGUGAAGCCGGGGAUGAAAGCAAAGUUUGUGGAUACAGGAGAGAUGGCAGAAUCCUUCCCCUACCGUACUAAGGCACUUUUUGCAUUUGAGGAGGUAGAUGGUGCUGAGUUGUGCUUUUUUGGCAUGCAUGUACAAGAAUACGGGUCUGACUGUCCACAACCAAACCAGCGGCGAGUUUACAUCUCCUACCUGGACAGUGUUCAUUUCUUUAAGCCAAAGUCUUUGAGGACUGCUGUAUAUCACGAAAUCCUUAUUGGGUACCUUGAGUAUGUCAAAAAACUUGGUUACACGGCAGGACACAUCUGGGCCUGUCCUCCCAGUGAAGGUGAUGACUACAUAUUUCACUGCCACCCUGCAGACCAGAAGAUCCCCAAACCCAAGCGUUUGCAAGAGUGGUACAAGAAGAUGCUGGACAAGUCUGUGUCGGAGCGCAUCAUCCAUGACUACAAGGAUGUCUUUAAACAAGCCACAGAGGACCGACUGACCAGUGCCAAGGAGUUGCCAUACUUUGAAGGAGAUUUCUGGCCCAAUGUGCUUGAAGAAAGCAUCAAGGAACUUGAGCAGGAAGAGGAGGAACGGAAGAGAGAAGAGAACACCAGCAACGAGAGUAUUGAGGUUGGAAAAGGUGACAGCAAAAAUGCCAAGAAAAAGAACAACAAGAAAACCAGUAAGAACAAGAGCAGCCUGAGCCGUGGAAGCAAGAAGAAGCCUGGAAUGCCGAGUGUUUCUAAUGACCUUUCCCAGAAGCUGUAUGCCACCAUGGAGAAGCACAAAGAGGUCUUCUUUGUCAUACGCCUAAUUGCUGGCCCCACAGCAAACUCUCUUCCACCCAUCGUGGAGCCAGACCCCCUUAUUCCGUGUGACCUGAUGGAUGGACGAGAUGCUUUCCUCACUUUGGCAAGAGACAAACACCUGGAAUUUUCAUCACUUCGUCGAGCCAAAUGGUCCACUAUGUGCAUGUUAGUGGAACUUCACACUCAGAGCCAGGAUCGCUUCGUCUACACAUGCAAUGAGUGUAAACAUCAUGUGGAAACUCGCUGGCACUGCACUGUGUGCGAGGAUUACGACUUGUGUAUUACCUGCUACAACACAAAAACACAUGAGCACAAGAUGGAGAAGCUUGGUCUUGGUUUGGACGAUGAAAGCAACAACCAGCAGGCAGCUGCUACCCAGAGCCCUGGAGACUCCCGUCGACUGAGCAUCCAGCGUUGCAUCCAAUCUUUGGUGCAUGCCUGCCAAUGCCGCAAUGCCAAUUGUGCUCUGCCUUCAUGUCAGAAGAUGAAAAGGGUGGUACAACACACCAAGGGCUGCAAACGCAAGACCAAUGGAGGUUGCCCCAUCUGCAAGCAGCUUAUUGCCCUGUGCUGUUACCAUGCCAAGCACUGCCAAGAGAACAAGUGCCCUGUGCCUUUCUGUCUUAACAUCAAGCACAAACUACGGCAACAGCAGCUGCAGCACCGACUGCAACAAGCUCAGAUGUUGCGGCGGCGUAUGGCUAGCAUGCAGAGGCCAGCUGUGGUUGGGCAGCAGCAAGGUCUGCCAUCACCGAACUCAGCAGGGCCCACCACACCAACAAGCCAGCAACCACCCACACCACAGACUCCUCAGCCACAACCUCAGCCAGCCUCACAGCCUCAGCCCCCUCCACCCAAUAGUAUGCCUCCUUACAGCAUGCAGCGUGCACCUCCAACCAGCAUGAUCACCCAGGGUAAGGCAGCUGGGCAGCUGACACCUCCAACACCACCUCAGACUGGGCCAAUACAACAGCCAGUUCAAGGACCACCUCCAGCUGCUGUGGAGAUGGCCAUGCAAAUACAGAGGGCCGCAGAGACUCAACGACAGAUGGCUAAGGCACAGAUCUUUCCUCGUCCCAUGAUAAACCCACACCAGAUGCAGCCCAUGAACCCUAUGCAGCCCAUUGGCAUGAACCCCCAGCAAGGUCCUCGUGGGCCUGGUCACAUGGAUCCCAGUAUGGGUCCUGCUGCCAUGCAGCAGCCUCCUCAGCCUCCCCAGCAACAGCAGCCGCAGACUCAGCCUCCAUGGGUACAAGGUGGGCUCCCUCAGCAGCAACCAAUGCAGCCUGGUAUGCAAAGAUCUCCCAUAAUGCCUGUUCAGCAGGGACAACCUAUUAAUAUGCCCCCUCAGCCAGGUAUGGGACAGGUACCUGGUGGUAACCAAACAAAGCAAGGCUCUCUUCCCCAGGCUGCCCUCCAGAACCUUCUACGCACUUUACGCUCUCCCAGCUCCCCAAUGCAGCAACAACAGGUGCUUAACAUCCUGCACUCCAAUCCGCAGUUGCUGGCUGCCUUCAUCAAGCAGAGAGCAGCCAAGUAUGCCAGCAGCCAGAAUCCACAGGGAACUGGGGGAAUGCCAGGAAUGCCUACCCAAAGUAACAUGCCUCAGGGUGUGCACCCCAAUGCUGCCAUGCAAGGCAUGAAUUCCAUGCAAGUGGUAGGACCACGCCCUUCCAUUCCCCAGCAGUCGCAAGCACCACAGCAACAGCAGCAGCCUACACCCCAACAGAGCAUGGCAGGCAUGAAUCCACAAGGCCAGCCGGUGAACCUAAAUCAUGCUGGGAUUUCACCACAGUUUCGGGAGUUGCUGAUCAGGAGACAACAGUUGAUGCAGCAACAGCAGCAACAACAGCAACAGCAGCAGCAUCACCAACAGCAGCAGCAAGGGAGUGGGCCAGGCAUGAUUAACCACAACCAAUUCCAGCAACACCAGGUCAUGGGGGGUUACACGCAGCAGCAGCGGAUCCAGCACCACAUGCAGAUGCAGCAGGGUAACCUGGGACAGAUGAGCCAGAUUCCUCAGGGAAUGUCAGGCGAUGCAGGCAACAGCUUACAAAACUUUCAGCAGCGACUCUUACAUCAGCAGAUGAGUUCCCCUGCUCAGCAGAAUCCCAUGAGCCCCCAGCAGCAUAUGUUGCCAGGCCCAGCCCAAUCGCCACAUUUGCAAGGUCAGCAACUUCCACCAACGCUUAGCAACCAAGUGCGUUCUCCCCAACCUGUGCCCUCCCCACGUCCUCAGUCUCAACCCCCGCACUCCAGCCCAUCCCCCCGCAUGCAACCACAACCGUCCCCUCACCAUGUUUCACCACAGACGAGUUCCCCCCACCCAGGUUUGGUGGUGGCUGGGCAAGGGAACCCAAUGGAUCAAGGACACUAUGGGAGCCCUGAUCCCACUGCUAUGCUUUCUCAGAUGGCAGGUCUCCAUGGUGGGGGGGUGCCAGACUUGGGCCUGAGUGCCGACAACUCGGACCUAAAUCCCAGCCUCUCACAGAGUACACUAGACAUCCACUAGACAAAACUCAGGGGAGGGGAGAGAUGGAUGCACUCCUCUUCCCAUAGAGGAAAGACUCUUUAAUCACAUUGUUCAGAUAAAAACAAACUUAUUUUCAGCUCAAACUGACUUUUUAUACUGAAGAAAAGCUGUGGUUUUUUUUGGCGAUUGGUGGGAGGGAGGGGUUGUGGGAUGUAAUGGUAUUUUCAGACUUUUUUCAUUAAUAUUAUUUUGGAGUUCUCAAGAGCCGCUGUGCUUUGAACUACAAGGACCUGAAGAGAUUGGGGAGGGGCAGAUAUUAAUAUUAUUAUAAUUAUUAUUAUUACAAAGAAUAUAUUUUCAGUGGCUGGGUCCCUAAGCCAGCCUUCUGAUCUCUUCCUCUGUUAGAUGCGCAGCGCAUUUUCUUGCUCCUAAACUAAAAUCUUCAACACACGUAACAUGACUUCCUAUGUUUUUACUUUAUAUGUGUAUUUUUAUUUUUAAAUUAAUAAGUGUAUAAUAUUGACUGCUUUUAUUUACUUGGACGGUUUCUGUACAGAUAUAUUUUCCUGUGUUUUUCUCACUUUUACGAACCCUUUCACGGUCACCUCAUUCACACGCAGUGCAGGGUUUUCCUCUCCCCUGGACUGCUCCAUAUAAAUUACAUGUUAAAUGCUUAAACAUUUUUGCCUCUUUAUUUUUUUUUUUUCUUCCCCCCCCCCCCCCCCCAUGCAAACGUGAAUCACAGCUGUAAAGGGCUCAUAAGAUGUUUCCCUCUGAGUAUGAAUGGGCUAAUUUGGCGAGAAUGAACAGCUGUGCUCCAAACACAGAGGUUUUCAGAGGAUGGUUUAAUAUUGCUUUAAACAAGAUAUAUAUACAUGAUAUAUAUAAAUAUAUAAAUAUAUAAAUCUAUAUAUAUAAUUAAAAUUACCCACAUUUCCCUACCCUGCCUCUUCUGUGCUGGCUACCUUUUUGGUUACAAAGAAGAGAAUGUAUAUUUUUGCCCCUUUUCCCAUUCCUGAAAAUGUUCUGUUUAGCCAAGUAUUUGCAAGAUAAAUAGUGUUAUUUCUACACGUUUGACUUGGGAUAAGGAAAGAGAUUUUGUUUAUUUUGCUAUCUCCCAGUCAGGCCAGAUGUACUAUAUUUAAUGGAUUGUAGUUUCUGGGGGUAUAGUGACAAGAUUGCAUUUUUAUUUUUAAUUUCCUGCAUUACUGUAACAUCCAUGUAAACAAAUGGACUGAUGAGAGAACGGUGGUGUUCAGCCCCCUCUUCUCUGAAAAACUUGAACUGGGGUAACAAAGUGACCAGUUGCUAUUCCCCUCCCCUCGACAACGUGGUGCAAACAUUGUAAAUCAUGCGAAGAACACGGGCUCUCUUCUAAAUAUGAACUCUGAAUCACUGUACAAAUUGUUGCAAUUCAUUUCUUAUUACUUAUUGUUAAAUAAACUGUGUGAUACAGAUGAAAGAUA